ACCUUCAAUUUAGUAGUUGGCUAAGUCUAUUUUAAAUCACAGUAGUUGUAAGUUACUUUUUAUUUUAACUGUGAAAUGAGUUUACAUUUUUACAGCUGCCUGUCAUAAACUAUUGUUAAUUCAUUAGAGAAGUGUAAAAUUAUUCAAUUACUUUGGCUUUUGUAAUCAAUCUAGGACAUCUCGGUUCUCUCGGCCCUCCUUCGGUGCCUUCAUUGUCUUGGUUUGUAAAAGCUUCUUGAAGUAUUAUAUUUAUAAUGGAUCCAUCAGAGUUUAGUGAACUAUGUCGAAUUUGUGGUUCAAAAACAAGUGUCUUGAUGGGCUUGCACAUUUUUGAAAGAGAAGGAGAUAUGAGGCAAAUAUACAAAAAAAUAACUGAGUGUUUACCAAUCAAGGUAUAUACAACUGACAAAUUGCCUAAAAUGGUAUGUGAGGAGUGUGUGUACAAGUUAGAUCUGUUGUACGAAUUCAGGGACAAAAGUAUCAAAACUGAAAGUGAGCUUAAUAAUAUCCUGAAAGAGUUGGAGUCCUAUGUCCCUUUGGUAGAGCCAAUGCCUAUGUCUGUUCCCUUACAGGUAAAUGGACCUAUAACAGAUGCUGUGCUCGUUCAAUGUGUCAAUCCACCGUUAGAACUACCAACUCACGAGACUUCCAUCAUUCAAUCCAUUAAUAAGAAAAACUCGGAAAAUCUUAAAUGUGAACCUGACGUUUUUAUCAAAAUUGAGAAUGCGAUGGGAGCGAAGCGCAAUAGGGUGGUCAAUACAAACCCACCCCCUGAGAGUGAAACUGAGUCUGAUGAUUCUGAUAGUGCUACCGAGAGUGACGACUCGUCACUGCCGGAUGCUGACAUGAAUGACAGUACUAACAUUGUGGAUGACAAUGUGUCCAACGGUCUGCACACGGAUAACAGUGCGAUGCUCAAAAAUAUGCUUACAAAUGAUAAACUUCCCCAAAUAACUGAAAGUGGAGACUACUUGAUGCCAACUGAUCAUCAACAACCCUCAUGGUUUUUCUGUAACAUUUGUGGUAAAGCUUUCUCAAAACAAGAAGAGUUCCAAACUCAUUACGAGUAUCACUGGAACAAAUGUCAAACAUGUGGUUUAGUGUUUGCUAGUGAAGAAGAUCUUCUCAACCACAAGAAAGAUAGACAUUCAAAGAAGAGCAAAACAGACACAAGAGCGGCAGGGGACAAGAAUGAUGAGGAGGAUGAAAAAGAUAAAGCGAAAAAGAAAAAUGAUAAUAAAAAGGAAACAAAACCAGGAGAAAUGAAGGUGUGCACAACUUGUGGAAAAGAGUAUCGAACAAACUAUAAGCUAGCGGAACACAUGAGGAAGCACACUGGAGAGAAACCCUUCAAAUGUUCUUCUUGCGAUAAAGCAUUCCGCUCGAAAAUCGGCUUAGCUCAGCAUGAAGCUAAGCACACAGGACACUACGAUUACACAUGUAAUUCUUGUGGGAAAGGCUUUCAGUGUAAGUCAUAUCUGAUCGUACAUCAGAGAGUACACAGUGACCUAAAGCCGUAUCCUUGUACUACGUGCGGACGGAAUUUCAAAACCAAACAGAGUCUUCUGGACCAUCAAAACAGGCAUUUGGGAGUAAAACCGUACAUAUGUGAAACUUGUGGACGAGGAUUUAUAACUAAAGGUCUGUGCAAAUCACAUCAGCGAGUCCACUCCGGGACCGACAAUCGUCAGUAUCCGUGCACUGUGUGUCAUAAACUGUUUGUCAGCAAGUCUUAUUUGGUAACUCACCUUCGUAUCCACACUGGGGAGAAACCGUUUAUGUGUGAAGUUUGCGGCAAAGGGUUCCUCACAAGGGUGGACCUGAAGAUUCAUUCGACAAUGCACACCGGUGAGAAGAGCUUCGUGUGUGAAGUCUGUGGGAAAGCGUUUGCUCGCAGAGAUGCUUUGCGAUGUCAUCGCCGCAGCCACACUGGUGAGAGGCCUUAUCGUUGUGACAUUUGCGGCCAAAGCUUCACACAGUUUUCCCCAAUGGCAAUUCACAAACGGCUGCACACUGGUGAGCGGCCGUAUUCUUGUGAUGUCUGUGGCAAGUGUUUCGUCUCCAAAUCUACAAUGAUGUCCCAUCGCAAGAAACACACCACUUGAUCUUCUCUUCCAUUUGGAUCCACCAGUGUUCUGACCAUGCCCUCAGUCAGCACUGGAAGAGAGCUGCGUGUAAGUGACAAUUUUAACUCAGUGAUUCUUCGAGUGAGUCAAACCCAGUCUUCAUCCGUCCUUUCCCAUCAACCGGAAUGAGCAUCUCAAUGUACAUUUAGUUAUAUGCUGCAUUUUCUCAUAAUCUCUAUCAGCAAUUCACAGGUUGUCUUGAAGCUUUAAUGCAUGUUAAAAUAUAAUAUUUUGGUGCUAUAGAAAGGCAUUGUCUUAGCUGAUAGUUUUAAUCAGUAUAGGUUAUUUCAGAUGUUGUAUUUUUGAUUAGUGUUUUUGUGUGAAGUCUCCUUAUUUAUAUACCGGUAGCUAUUUACUUUUAGCGAAUUUCCCAUAUAGGGAAUUUUUAUCCAUUUCUUAGUGAUUGUUUUAACUUAUACAAAAUUGAAGCUAAAAAGCACACUUUAAAAAGUGAAUGCUUUCAAUCCAAUAAGGAAUUGUUUUUCUUUUGCUGCACUCGAGAUCAUUCCACACUCGCCUGCGGCUUGUGCGUAAAUAUUGCUCUCGUUUGCAGCAAAGUGCCACUUUGCUCACUAGUUACACAAAUAACUAUAAUUUAUUGAAAUCGGCUAUUUUACUGAUAAACAAUGUGAACACUGAACAGGAAUAUGCAUCAGCUAGUUUUGCUGCGUUUUAGCUUGUAGUGUGUGUUUACGGCUGAAUGAACAUAACCUUAACAUUUACUUCUAAACCUUACCUUUUCCCUUAUUUUUUUAUUAAGACAUUGUUUUUUAGGAAACAUAAUAGUUUUAAUUUUACUGAGAUCUGUUAUUCUGUAUAUGAGUAUUUUUGCGUCGUGAUAAAAAGUAUUGUUCAUAACUUGUACAUGUACUUGUACUUUUUGUAGUAUCAUGUACCGAAAGUGAUUUUCUGGUACACUUGCACCAAUUAUUCCCGUCCUCGGCUUUGCAUCUUACUUGAAAAUAACUAUAACUAUAACUGAUAACUCUCACUUGCUCGGCAUUGUCUCAAACUUGAAAUUUCGUCCUUUUUUGUAUGGCUUUGCUUCAGAAAUGAAACUUGAGCACACACCAGAAAAUGUCACUUUCGGUACUAGUAGUGAAAUAUAGGCCCUACUAUCAGUAAAGAUUCUUAUAUUGUAAAUGUUAACAUAUAAUUUUAUUAUUUUCUCCCUAAGGUCCCAUAGUUACAAACACUUUGAGUAUAAUAAUUUAUGCUGCAAAACUAUGUUCAGUUGAAAUGAUAUUACUGUUUAGUGCAAGGUCUGAUCACCCUAAAUACCAUAUUUUUCAGUUGGUAACAAUCUUGCUUGAUGAAUAAGCAACUUGGAUUAGAGACCUAGAUUUGGCUUUAUAAUGACAGGACUGAUAUUUCUUCUCGCCAUUUUAUUGGAUUUUAGGUUAUUGACACAGGCAACAUGGUAUAAUAUUUUUCUAUUUAUUUUAUUAAAAUGUUAUGUUAUCAAUCUAUACUGAAUAACAAUAUAAUUGUGAAAAUGUAAUGAAGUUGUGUCUGAUAAGAUUAUUGCAUAUAUUAUUUAUUUAGCUUUAAUAUUUUUAUGUUUUAGAUGAAUUUAGAGUAUAAUGCUUUGAGUAUUGUGUUAUAAUGAAUUUAUUUGCAUGGCCAGUUAUCUGUAGUUAUUGUCUUUUAACAUAAUAUUUGUUGUAUGCUCUCUUUUACAUUGUGGUUGAUGAAACAUUAUGGUUUCUGUACAUAAAACAAACCUAGUUAGAACUGAAUCAUAAUAAAUCAAUAUCUGUAUGAUUAUCUAUGUAUAUCAUAGUUUAAGUGCCAAAUGCAAUUGCAUCACAAUUUGUAACGUUAGUUUUUUAAUUAAACUAAAUUCAAAGUAUAACAA